GGAGGCCUUUUUCUUUUUAAUAGAUGAGAGGAUAGAUUAGGAAUAGAAUUAUCCGGGUACGAUAACAUAUACACACACAAACACACCCCAUGCCCAGCACGCAACAGAUAGCAGGCAUGUAAAAGCAAUCGGUAAAACCACACCGCACGAUCCUCUACGCCCCGCCGAGUGUGUGUGUCUCAUACACCCUACCAGCACGCCACGUAUAUAGCUGAGUUUCGGCGGAUUCGGCCAAUAAGCAUCGCUGGUCGCCAAAACUUCUACCAUCGCAAAGUGGCGACAGCAUUUCGUAGAUAAAUCCCACUGGGACAGCUCGCCUUUUCCAUAGGCUCUUAACAAAACUCUUCGGACGGACACGCGAAGGGCUGGUUACAGAGAGCACUUGUCCUACCAGUAAUUAUUUCUCCCGUUCUCAAUCUUCGGGGGUAAAUACGCAUCCAAGUCCACGCCGGCAGUAGAUAGUUGGGCCAGUGAUCUAGUGAGUCCGGUACAGGGCUCUCCUCAUUUCUUCGGUGCUGGGUUAUGUUAAGAACAAACUUUUAGACCAUUUGGGGGUGCAUUUUUGGUGUGGUGGUGACAGAUUUCUUAGUGGUGAAUCUCUUCUUAUAUUUUUGAUUUGUUUGUUGUAUUUAUUGCGGGGGUUUGAAUUAGAAGUGAAAACCCGAUUGAAAUUUACGCAGGGGAAUUUUGUGGCUUCUUCCUUUUCUUGUGAACCUCGGUUUUUUGGUGUUUAUGAUCAGAAGUAGUUGGUUGGAGGAAAAAUGGCGUUUAACUAUCUGGUGAUUGUAUUCUGCACGACAGCGGGGAGAAGAGGAGCUUUGCUUGGCACAGACGAGGAAGACCUAGUCCUCCUAGUAUCGGUGGUGGUGGACGUUGAAACCAAUAAGGUUGUAAAAUUCAACCAGAACUACAUUCGACCUGAAAACUCUGAACUAUCAGAAGAACUAUGUACCACUCUCAACAUCAGGCCAGAGGUUAUUACUGGGGCAGCCAACCUAAGCCGAGUCAUAGCAGAGUUCGACAACUACCUGACGACCGAACUCGUAGGCGAGGACGGGAAGACAUUUUGCCUUCUGACUGACGGCCAGCUCCACGUGCGACAAUGCCUUCACCCACAGACCAUCAACAAGGGCAUCGCGAUCCCGGACUACUUCUACAGCUUCUUCGACCUCCGGAAGGAGUUCCGCCGGAAGUACCCCAACGCACCACACAUCACAGACGUCAAGGACAUGGCGACCUAUUUGAAAAUAGACGUGGGUAACUUUAACUACACAGAGACCGGCAUUGAUGAGUGCCGAACGAUGGCCAGUAUAGUCACCAAGAUGAUCUCAGAUCAUCAUCGGUUCAUCAAACCGGAUUAUGUCACGAAGAAAUACGAACCAGGAACAUACGACAAGACAGAUAGUAUACCGGAUGAUACGGCGGUGAAAGCCCGCGGUCUCCCAUGGCAAGCUUCGGAUAGAGAUGUCUUCCGUUUCUUCAAAGGACUCAACAUUGCUAGGGGUGGUGUUGCCCUCUGCCUAAACACACACGGACGUAGGAAUGGGGAGGUGAUGGUACACUUCGAAAGUUCAGAACAGCGCGAUAUGGCCCUCCAGAGGCAUAAACACAACCUGGGAAAAAGAUACGUUGAGGUAUUCAAAGCAACGGGAGACGAGUUUAUCCGCGUGGCUGCUGGGACAUCGAAAGAGGCAACACUCUUUUUAGCUAGAGAUGAUGGACAUAUCAUUGUGCGCAUGCGUGGUCUACCAUUUAAAAUCGAAGAGAAAGAUGUGGUUGAGUUCUUUGGACCGGAUAUUCCCCUCGCAGGAGGAGAAGACGGAAUCCUCUUCGUGAAGCACAAGAGCGGCAAGAUGACAGGAGAUGCCUUCGUGCUCUUUGGCUCUGAGGACGCGGUGUCCAAGGCACUUGCCAAGCAUCGGGAGUACCUAAAGAACAGGUAUAUUGAGAUCUUCAGAAGCACCACUGCCGAAGUUCAACAGGUCCUCUCUCGUGUCCAAUCCGAGCCUAUCAUGCCAGACAUCCCCCAGCAACCGAUCAUGCCCCCUACUAUGAUCCCCAUCCCCAUCCACGCCAUGCCCCCUCCUCCACCCCAGCACUUCAUUACUGCAGGGGUAGUGCGUGACUGCAUCCGAAUGAGAGGCCUCCCGUACAACGCGUCUAUCGAAGACAUCAUGAACUUUCUCGGGGAGGCAGCCCAGUACAUUCGGCCUCAUGGAGUCCACAUGGUCCUAAACCUUCAGGGUAAGCCAAACGGUGAGGCGUUUAUCCAGAUGACGUCUGCAGAUCGUGCCUGCUUGGCGGCACAGACUUGCCAUAUGAAGUACAUGCGGGAGCGUUAUGUAGAAGUCAUGCAGUGUUCGGGAGAUGAGAUGCAGAUGGUGCUGACGAGUGGUAUCCGCAACGAGAAGGCACCACAGCCACAAAUAAACGCAAUAUCCCCGACCACUCCAAUCCCCUACCCUCCACCACCUCACCAUCCUCACGCCCAGCUCACCCACCCAGGUCAGAUGCCACCGGUGAGUGCAGGUAUGGUGCCCUCCAUGCCACACAUUCCAGGUCACGCCAGUCCACACGCCGCAGCCGUUGCAGCCGCAGCGGCCGGUCAUCCCCAGCUCCCACCCGGCGCCACUUUCUUGCACCAACAGCAAUUGAUGUACGUACAUCCGGGGUUCCCAAGUCCGCCCGUGUCGCCAACGGGGCACCAACUUUACUACCCAGGCGCCACUACCGGAACUAACGCUGCAGCCGCGGCGUUUGCGGCCGCACAGAGCAACGCCAUGAUUCGUCUACGAGGACUUCACACAGGCGCAACCGCCCAAGAUGUUGCGAAGUUCUUCCAGGGCUAUGGGGUACCUCCAGAAAGCGUUCAAGUGAGUCAAAACGGAGAGGCUGUGGUCCCAUUUUCUUCUCAAGACAUUGCAGUUCGUGCCCUGCAAGAUCGACAACGGCAAUUCGCCGGCAAAAUGGAACUAUUCGUUGCCUAAAGACGAGUAUGAGGGGAAAGACGGGAAAGAUUUAUCGUCUGCUAUUGUGUGGGACUAAAUAAAAUGACUUGCUUGGUCGCUUUGCUCAAACUCAAAACGUUUGUGUAUUUGCAAACAAAUACAUUGAGAAAUAAAUGCUUGAAUUUUCCAACCGCUCUUACUAAUUUUUGUAUGGUAAAGCCCUUUUGCUCAUUUGCGUGUGUAACACGACAUCACCGGCGAGUUUUGAUUGGCCAGUUUUGAUUAUCACGUGCUUUAUUCAUGCGCCAAAACGCCAUUGCGCAGCAAUAAAAAUAUCCUACCGAGCCCAAUAUAUAGGAACUAUUAUUUUGGCGCCAAAACGUAUACAUUUUCAAAACUGUCAAUAAAGAUUGGAAAAUUUCAGCAUUUAUUGUGUUCAUGCAAAAUAAAAGUGAGUUUGGGUACCCAUGACAAUGGCUGAUAUAUUAUUUAAUAAAGAAUGAGCUUGCCAGGUUUGCUCGGUUGGUUUACAUUUCCAGUAAAUACAUUGUUCUUUUUAAAAGUGUUUUUCACCUUUUUCGACACAGUAAUGAUGUGUUUCUAUAUGCUAAAAUGUGUGCAAAGUUAUUGUCUUUAUUGUGUUUCAAAUUCAUUUUAGUCGCGUACAUCUCCUUUCAUCCAACUCCUUUAAAUGUAGCAUUUUACUCCAAUUUGAUUUGUUUUUUUGAAAUCUCUUUUUUUAAGGCAAGAUUAAGAUUAAUCAUUUUGAUUCAAAUGAAGCCUUAUUUUUCAGCUCAUAUUUUUUAAAUUGAAUUUCUCAUUGAUUCAAAACAUUGAUGGUGUCAUCCACGUAUAAAAAAAGGAACACAACACUGUUGUACAUCACUACCCACUCUUAAACACAACUCAAUUUGCAAACUAGAGGUUAUUUCUUCAUGCAUGCGUUCUUUUUUCUUCUGAUAUAUUGUAUUAGCCUUGAUUGUAAAUGUAUUCGUCCAUUAUCAGUACAAAUAAAAUUAAAAUUACAAUAUUUUAUUCUUCAAAAGAAUAGAACAAAGUAAUAGAAUAGGACAGAAACCCUCGGUAUAAAGAAAUGAAAAUUAAAGGAGAAAGAGGACUUGCCAGCAAAUGAAAUAAUUCUGACGUUUUAGAUGAACUUUCCGAUUUAUCUUUAAAGUCAGGAGUGUGGCUGGCUUGCCGUUUAAUGGAAAACAAAAUGUUUAUUAAAGAAGAAUAUAAUAACUUUUAUAAAUGUACUCUUAUGAAUAAAACCAUUGUAGACAAAUAUAGCAAUUCGUACAUUAUUAAUGUUGUAAGUAUGUAUUGCUAUGUUUUUGUAGACUAGUACUAGCAUUAUUAUCAAGUUCUGCAUUUUGUAAAUAGUUUUCGCCUUGUUGCGAGUUGGCAACACCUAAAUGUGCCUUAUAUUGUUAUUAGACGGUUGCCUUCCUUAACAAGCUGCUCCUUUAAGAAAGACUUCCUUAAUUUUGUAAAAUAUAUAGUCAUUUUCUUCCUUAUUUUGAUAUGUACACAUGAAUGUGUAAAUUUGCAUUUUUGUAAUGCGUGUUUGUACGACAAAAUCCGUACGUCUUCCUAAUGUAUGAUAUUUAACAGUUAACCAAUAUCGUCUGAUACUUGGUUGCAUUUACGUAUGCCUCUUUGUGUGUUAAAAGCCUUUGAAUAAUUAAGUAAUAAUUAUUUUAUAAUCAUGAAUUUUGAUAUGGUUCUAAAGUGCCUAUAGCGCUGGACGCCAAUUAUUGAGCUCAUACAGGCUUCCAAAGUAAUAACAUGUGUAGAAUUAUCAGCAAUAAAUAUACGCUGAGUAAAUUUAAUAUUUUUCUGUUAAUUGCAUUGAAUAUUGAAUAAUAGUGAUGCAUUUGUUUUAAUCAAAUUUUAUUCAAAUCAAGCAUUCGGAACCGGGCAGUAUUCUACCGAAUAAUGUUUUUGUUUUCUUCAACACAGAAUUUGCUCUAUUGCAUUGAUUUGCAUACUUAGCCAUAGCAGAUGAAAGUAGGGAAGAGAAGU